AUGAAGACUGUGGAAGCAAUUAAAGCUGCAAAGAAGCGUGGAGCACUUCACUUUGCUGCUCUUGAAGGACAGACUGAGAUUUGUUACUACCUUUUAGAGGAUUUGAAGCUUCAAAUUGAUUCCAAAGAUGAUGAUGUAGACACUGCUCUCAUUCAUGCUGCAUGGAGAGGACACACUGCCACUGCUAAGUAUUUUAUUGACCAUGGUGCUGAUCCUACCAUUGCUUGCAUUUUUUUCCUGAUUUUUGUCUUAGCUAUGUUCUGUGAUAAAACAAAUUUGCUUGCUCAAUGUGCUCGAUGGACCUGUUUGGUUUGGAUUGACUGGUUUGAGCUUAACUAUCGGCAUAGGCACCUGUGA